UACAGUUCAAUUGAACAGCACACACUGUACGUUCAAGAUGUUUUUCUUGCGGAAAUUCAAAUCGAUAUACAAUACCAUACUCUUCUCAUCAUUACUGGUGACAAUCAUCUGCAGUAAUCUCAGUUUAAGUUGUAAUGCCAGUGCCACCUCGAAUACCAUCAGCUUUACUUCCACACAAUCUAAUCAAAUGGCACUAAAGACAACACCGAAAUUUUUCAAAGAAAACUGUACAUGUUCAACACAAUGGCAGUGUGAAUGUUGUGCCAAAGUCAAUAAUGACCUACUUAAUGUACAUCAAACAUUGUGUGCCGACUGGACAGUGUUUUCUAACUCAUGGGACAUACAGGCCAAUGUACGUUUAAAUGAAAAUGUUUUAUACACCAAUACAUUUUCCGCCUGGAAUGUACCACCAUUUUGUGUUCCCAUAUGGCCAGCAAUAGCAUUGACCGGAUGUAUUCAAUUACAUAGUAUUACACAACAUGAAUUCAAUACUUUACAUGGUUGUGCAAAUUUAACCAUAAAUUUUAUAGCAUUCAAUUUGGUUAACUUUCAAAUGGGUUGUAUGGAUGUCGGUACGGGUGGCAUUCAAUUUGUUGAUCCCAAUCAUGACAUUGUUAGUACAACCUCAACGGAAAAGCCUCCUGAAAUUGAACUGGAAACUAGUGACUAUGUCAAAACUUCUACACCUACCAUAAGUAGUUUUGAGCUAAACGACAAGAUUACUACUGAGCGUACGUCAACGAUGCGUCAGGAUUCGUUGAGUUAUUUAAAAAGUACAAAUUUCUGAAUUGCUAUGAAAACUACCCACUAUGCUAUGUUUACUGCAUAAUUAAAAGUCAUUAAUAAAUUUAUCAUGCUACUCAAAAUAAAGAAUUUUUUAUUUUCAUGUAAAUGUUUGUUUUAGUUAGUUUUAAUAUUUAAAUAAGAGUUAUAUUACACAAUAAUCAAGAAAUACUGUAGCAGAUUAAGUAAAAUCAAUAAAAUUACUAUAAUAUAAAAAAAAUUAUAUAUCUACAAAAAAGUAAGACAAACGGAAACAUCAUCAUUUUAAUUAAAACGAUAAAAUUAGCUGAAAAAAGCUGAACACAAAA